AUGGCCACACCAGCACGGUACCUGUCACGGACACUGUUCCAGGUCGGUCGGCGAAUACCAGUGAAGAGGAAGUGCCAGUCCGCAGCCUUUGCGCGACCUCAGAUCCCAAACCGGAGCAUACAAUGUCGAAGACAUCUCUCAACAACCAUCGCCCAGCGAGCAGACAACAGUCGGGAUCCCUCAGCGUCCGACGGCGCCCAGACCGAAGAUGCACUCGACGACUUUGAUUUCGACAAAGAGCCCGAAGGCGGCUACCAAACGCCCAGCUCGCCCAUCACGGUCGCGGACCUCGACGCCGACGAACUCGCCGACUUCAACAUGCUCUCCCCGAAAGACCAGGUCGCGUACCUGAAACUGCAGAACCACUAUGCCGCCGAGUUCGAGGCCGCGGGGAUCGACGUCAACAAUGACCCCGAAGGCGAGCUCCCCGACCCGGUCAUGGACAAGCUGGUCAUGGACGUGGAGCGCAAGUUGGACAGGGAGAUCGAGCCGCUCGACUUCCCGGACAUCCCGCUGGCGAAUAAAGACAAGGGGUUCUGGGCGCUAGACGAAGAAGACGACGAGUUCGCGCAAGUCGAGGACGGGGAGGAAGAGUGGGACGAGAGCGCGAUCACCAGCGUCGCGCACAGCGAGUUGGACUUGCACAGGGAGAUCAGGGAGUACACGCGCGUUAUUGCCUGGGAUAUGCCCUUGUUACAGAAGUUCGUCAAACCGUUCACACCACCCUCGGCGUCCACGCCCCUCCGCUUCCGCUACACCACAUACUUGGGCGAAUUCCACCCGGCGGCGCGCAAAGUGACGGUGCAGUUCUGCACAAAGGACCUCCCUAACCUCACUGAGCAACAACGCCAGAAACUUCUGAAGCUCGUGGGGCCGCGCUACAACCCUGACACGGACGUGGUCAAGAUGUCGUGCGAGCAGUUCGAGGCUCCCGCGCAGAACAAGCGGUACUUGGGCGAUCAGGUGAAGAAGUUGUUGGACGAGGCGCGGAACGGGAAGGAUAGCUUUGAGGAUGUCCCCCUCGAUCUCAGGCAUCACAAGUCGAAGAAGAGGGUCGAGUUUCCUGAGGCGUGGAAGCUGAAACCCUCCCGGGUCAGGGAGUUGUUGACUGCCAGACAGGAGCAGAUGUUGUUGGGUGAGGCCCAGGCGGCUCAUCAGGGGUCGGCGUUGGAUGGAAAGGAGGUGGUGCAUGAAUAUGUCAGGCAGAUCUCAAGACCGGUGGCGCUCAAUGCGCAGAGAGCCGUGUAA